GAUUGGAAAAAAUUGCUUCCUCCUCUCCAAGCUCGAGGCCUGUAGUCCGUUCUCUUUUCUUGCAUGGAUGAUCUUUUUCUUUACAUUUUUUUUCUUUCAUUUGUCUCUUAAAUCUGCCAUUGAUGAUAGCUUAUAGUGAUGUACAUGCAUAUUGGACCUGUUUUUAUUAGACUUACGAGAUGUAUGGAAAGUUUGUCUUGCUAAAAAUUUCAUAGAUAUUAUUAUUAUUAUCAUCAUAUCACCCACUACAUUACUAUUUUAGAUAAAAUAUUAUAUAAUAUAUAUUAUCAUCUCAUCCACUCUAGUGAUUUUCACCCAUUAACACACCCAUCUUAUUGGGCUCUAUACACCUUACAACUUACAACAUGUGUAGGACUCACUGAGAUGGGUGGGUUAGUGGGUGAGAGUCGCUGGAGUGGGUGAGAUGAUGAUAAUAUAUAUUAUAUAAUAUUUUAUCUAAAAUAGUAACGUAGUAGGUGAGAUGAUAAUAAUAAUAUUUAUGAGAUUUCUAGUAAGACAGAGACAUCCCAUACAUCUCGCAAGUCCAAUGAAAAUAGGUUCGGUAUGCACGUGCAUGACUGCGAGCUGUCAUUGAUGGCAGAUCUGAGGGACAAAUGAGAGGAAAGAGAGAGACCAUCCGUGCGAGGGAAGAGAAAUGGGCUACAGUCCUCGGGCUUGGGAGGAGGAAACACUUGGUGGUGGGAGAGACUAGAUGGGCGUAGGGUUAUUUUUGAAACUUUAUUUUAGAAGGAGGUUUUUUUUUUUUUUUUUUUUUUUUUCUUCUUCUUCUUCUUCUUCUUCUGUUGAAAGGGAGUUUUUUUUUUUUUGACUUUCUCAGUCGCAUCUGUUGUUUGGGUGGGUUUAUUUCACCAUCUCGUGUGUAUUAAGGAACUCUGUUUGAGUGGUAUUUUGUUUGUGUGUAUUUUUUUAAGUGUAUUUUGUCUGCAUUUAUUUUUUGCGUGUAUUUUUCCUUGUUGUUUUGCUAUUGAUGUAUAUUAGAUUUCUAUUUUUCACAUCUACAGAAUAAUUUUUUUCAAUCCGAUAGUUUUUUUUUUUAAAAAUUUCAGAACAAUUGGGUUUUCUUUUUUCACUCUGUGCUUUUUUUUUGUGUUCUCAGAACAUAUGAAAAAAUUAGAAGAAAUCACAACAUAUGCAUAUGCAAAUCAUCUAAUUACAUACUGUAACAUUCAUACAAUACAAUUCAUCUUUACAAUAUUGAGAGAAACAACAAAAACAUACCUAUAAUUGUUGAGAUUCACAAUUAAUUUCAUCCAGGAUAUUUUUUUUAAAAGGUUAGAAUACAGAAAAUAGAUAGCAGAAGAUACAGAAUGAAAGAAAUAUUGACAUUUAAUUUUAAUCCGAUUGCAUUUUAUCAGACAAAGUUAUAAGCUUUAACAGUAAAAAGAUAUUAAAAUCAAGUCGGCAAAUCAAAACGACAUCAAGGACGAUAAACUGGACAAUAAAAUUAAUGGACAAAACUGGAAAUAAAAUAGGAAAAAUUAAAUCAGUUGGUGGGAAUGGAGAAAGACCAAAAUAACUGUCAGUAAAAUAAAAGUAAAAUACAAAUUACCAUAAUUGUCAAAUAAAAUUAAGGGUAAAAUUGAAAAUAAAAAUAUUAGACAAAAAUAUUAUAGAUAAAUAAUUCAGACUUUAUAUAUUAAUAUAGAUAUUGAUAUAGAUAUGGCCAUAUAUAUUAGUAUAGAUAUAGAUAUGGCCAUAGGUGUCGCAGUGCAGAGGUUGCUGCAUGUUUGUCUGUUCGUGACAGAUAUUAUUUAAAUUCAUCAAUCGUUUGUAGUUGUUGUCGUCAAUGAUAUUAAAUAUAGCCGACUUGGCUGUCUCCUAUCGUGUCCUAUUGCAUGUUUAUAAUUAAAAUAUGUUCCUACCAUUUAGAUAUUUUCCAACAUAAUAUUAGUUUAACUGAACGUUCUCUAUUUAUUUGUCAGUACCGUUACAUUAAUAUACUUCAUUUUUUUAUAAAUAAAAAAAAAGUUUAUUGUUAAAAAAAUUAUUAUUUUUAUAUAAAUUUUAAAUUUAUUCACUUUUUUUAAAUGAAAUAUAAGAAAUUUACAUAUGCAAAUAUUAUUAUUUUUAUAUGCAGUAGCAUUAAAAAAAAAAAAUUUGAGAUUGUGAUAAUACAAUUUUGUAUUCGACAGCAGUACUGUAAUAAUACAGGUUGCUCACUGAUUUAUUGCAAUACUAUUCCAUGUCAGUUAUAAAAAAAUUUAUUUUUUAUCAAACAUUUUCUUAUAUUUUUAACAGUGACAUGCACUGUUUGAUUGGUAAUUAUAAUACGGUUGAGGUUGUAAAAUAAGGAUGCUUCCUCCUUCGUCCUCUUUCUCGCAUUGGGUGGAGAAAUCGAGGAUGAAACGAGGAGAAAGUUCAGGUCUUGACUCUGAUAUGAUUACGAUCCAAGAAAGAAGGCAUGAUGAAGAAGACGAAGAAGAAGAAGAUUGUUGGAUAGGAAAUUAUGUGGAAGAAGCAAAAAAACAAAUGCGGUUAGCAGUGCCUUUAAUAGCAGUUAGUAUGUUGCAGUACAGCUUACAAGUUAUAUCGAUCAUGUUCAACGGUCAUCUUGGAGAGCUUCCUCUUUCCGGUGCUUCCAUGGGGUCUUCCUUUGCUUCAGUUACUGGCUUCACUGUCCUGCUAGGGAUGGGAAGCGCAUUAGAGACGCUAUGCGGACAAGCCUAUGGAGCGAAACAGUACCACAUGCUAGGUGUUCACACGCAGCGAGCAAUGCUAACCCUCCUAGCCUUAAGCAUUCCUCUAGCAAUAAUUUGGUACUACACAAGCACCAUUCUCAUAGCUCUAGGCCAAGACCAUGAAAUAUCUACUGAAGCCGGAGUUUUCAAUCGCUGGAUGAUCCCAAGCCUUUUUGCCUUCGGCCUCCUUCAAUGCCUAAACAGAUUUUUACAAACCCAGAACAAUGUUAUUCCUAUGUUGAUAACCUCUGGAAUCACGGCUUUGCUACAUGUUCCUGUUUGUUGGGUUCUUGUGUUCAAAUUUGGAUUUGGGAGCAAAGGAGCAGCCUUGGCAAUUGGUAUUUCCAAUUGGGUUAACGUACUUUUCCUGGCAAUUUAUGUAAAAUCUUCUCCAGCUUGCUCGAAAACUUGGACUGGGUUUUCAGAAGAAGCCUUGCAUGAUCUUCUCGGCUUUAUAAAGCUAGCUGUUUCAUCAGCAAUCAUGAUAUGCUUGGAGUAUUGGUCCUUCGAAAUGGUUGUUCUCUUAUCUGGCCUUCUACCAAAUCCAAAACUAGAGACAUCAGUGUUAUCAAUAAGUCUUAACACAUGUUGGAUGGUUUAUAUGAUCUCUGUUGGUCUAGGCGGUGCUAUAAGUACAAGAGUGUCAAAUGAACUGGGUGCUGGGCGCCCACAUGCUGCGCGCUUGGCUCUUUCGGUCAUGAUCAUAGUGUCCAUCUCAGAGGGUGCAAUAGUAGGAAUUACUACAAUUUUGGUGCGCAAUGUUUGGGGAAAGCUCUACAGCAAUGAAGUAGAAGUGGUCAGAUAUGUUGCUAAAAUGAUGCCAUUGCUUGCACUGUCAGACUUCUUGGAUGGAUUCCAAUGUGUACUCUCAGGGGCUGCUAGAGGAUGUGGGUGGCAAAACCUCUGCGCAUUUAUAAAUCUUGGCGCUUACUAUGUUGUGGGAAUUCCUUCUGCUGUGCUCUUUGCUUUUGUCUUCCAUUUUGGGGGGAUGGGGCUUUGGAUGGGAAUCAUAUCUGCACUUUCUGUUCAAGUUAUUGCACUAAUUACAGUAAACCAAUACACAGAUUGGAAUAUAGAGGCAAUGAAAUCUAAGCAUGGUGUUCGGAGAAGUGACAUAAUUAUUGACACAGAAACAUAGAUUUGGUUUUCACAGCAAAUCAAGAAAACAAAUUAAACCGUGUAAAACCAAUGCCAAAUAGAAAAAGGUAAGGAAAUUGUUCCUACAUAAUUCCCAGGUGGAAAAGUUUUCAGAAGUAUAUGCAUCACUUUAUCAGGAUUUAUUUCAAAUGCUCGGAAAGAGUGUAUAUCUCCCACUUGGAUUUUCUUUUUUGCACUGCAUUGUUUGUUUUUACUUCUUCGUGUUUGUUGAAGCUUGACACCCUCCUUUUGUAUCUGUUUUAUUAGUUUAAUGCAAUCUUGAUAACCCAAAAAAUAAAUGCCAGUAUUUGACACAA